UUUUUCCGCAAAGGAGAAGACAGCAAAACAAAGAGGACGAAAGGAGCACAAGCUUGUAAUGUAAGUCCAGAAAAUUACAUAAUUCUAAUCAGAAGAUACAAAAGUAGAAUGCAGGGAGGCGACAAUUCUCUCACCUCAUCAUUCAUCCUUACGACAUUAGUCUUCUCCUUUUUCCUCUUUGCCAUUGCUGAAUCCACCAACAAUUCUCAAGGAGUCCGAUGUAGCAAAACAUGUGUGGCAGAGAACUGUAACUCAAUUGGAAUUAGAUAUGGGAAAUACUGUGGAGUAGGAUGGAGUGGAUGUCCAGGGGAGAAACCUUGUGAUGAUCUAGACACCUGCUGUAAGAUUCACGAUGAAUGUGUAGAGAAAAAUGGUAUGACAAACGUUAAAUGCCAUGAGAAGUUUAAGAGGUGCAUAAAAAAAGUUCAGAAGUCUAGGAAAGCUGGGUUUUCCAGAGAGUGCCCCUAUGAUGUAGCUGUUCCAACGAUGGUACAGGGUAUGGACAUGGCUAUUAUGUUUAGCCAACUGGGAAACUCAAAGCUUGAACUUUGAUCAAUUCACUCUGCUAGAAGGAUAACAUAUACUUGAAAUAUUCAUAUUAACCAUUAGUUGUUUAUUCAAUUGUACAAACAGGAAUAUUCAUCUCUUUUUAGGAGCUUUGCCUUUUUGAAUUGUCCAUUUUGUAUUAGUGCCAAAUACGUAGCUAUUCAAUUGUAAAGGUUUACCAGUGGAGGUUUCUGUAUGA